CUGUGGACAAUCAACACUGUUUAGAAACACACUGUCCCAGCCUUUUUCCUUGUUGGCUGUCUGAAGGCAAGAUGGGUCACCAGCAGCUCUCCUGGAGUCACCAACACAAGUUCACCCAGGGUUCUCGCUCUUGCGAAGUCUGCUCUAACCACCACGGUCUGAUCCAAAAAUAUGGGCUGAAUACGUGCAGUAAGUGUUUCUGUCAGUAUGUGAAGGACAUGGGCUUCAUUAAGUUGGACUAA